UUCUUCCUUCGCCCCGCCUCCAACCUGCUCUCACAGUCUCGUUCUCUCCGGGGCCGGCUACGCCCCGCCUCCUGCUCCGUGUCCCUCCCCCUGCUCCGUGCCCCGCCUCCGUUUGCUCUCCGGGUCGGGCGGGCGCCGCCUCUCGGGAAGAUGGCGCUGCACUUUCAGAGUUUGAAUGAAUUGGAAGUAUUAUGUAAUCACCUCUACAUAGGGACUGAUCUUUCACAGCGCAUACAAGCUGAGAAAGUGCUGUUGGAACUUAUUGACAGUCCAGAUUGUCUCAGCAAGUGUCAGCUUUUAUUAGAACAAGGAACAUCAUCCUAUUCUCAGCUACUUGCAGCAACAUGCCUUUCAAAACUUGUCAGUAGAGUGAUGCCUCUACCUAUUGAACAAAGAAUAGAUAUCCGGAAUUAUAUUCUGAAUUAUAUAGCAUCUCAGCCCAAACUGGCUCCCUUUGUCAUUCAAGCUCUUGUUCAAGUCAUCGCUAAAAUUACCAAGCUCGGAUGGUUUGAGGUUCAGAAAGAUGAAUUUAUUUUCAGAGAUAUUAUUGCUGAUGUGAAAAAAUUCCUACAGGGUACUAUGGACCAUUAUAUAAUAGGCGUGAUAAUCCUUUCUGAAUUAACUCAAGAAAUGAACCUGGUUGAUUAUUCUAGACCUUCAGCAAAACACCGGAAAAUAGCCACUUCAUUCAGGGAUACCUCUCUCAAGGACAUUUUAGUGCUGGCAUGCUCACUCCUAAAAGAAGUGUUGGCAAAACCUUUAAAUCUUCAGGAUCAAGUUGAACAAAAUCUGAUAAUGCAAGUCUUGAAACUUGUCCUCAACUGUCUUAAUUUUGACUUCAUUGGCAGUUCAGCAGAUGAAUCUGCAGAUGAUCUUUGCACAGUACAGAUUCCAACAACUUGGAGAACAAUUUUCCUGGAGUCAGAAACUUUGGACCUUUUCUUCAAUUUGUAUCAUGCUCUUCCACCUUUACUAUCUCAAUUAGCACUUUCUUGUUUGGUUCAGUUUGCUUCUGCAAGGAGAUCAUUAUUUAGCAGUCCAGAACGUGCCAGAUAUCUUGGUGAUUUAGUUAAAGGAGUGAAAAGGAUACUUGAAAACCCUCAGUGUUUGGCAGAACCGGGAAAUUACCAUGAAUUCUGUCGAUUUUUGGCUCGUUUAAAGACUAAUUACCAGUUGGGAGAAUUAAUAAUGGUGAAGGAAUAUCCAGAAGUUAUCAGAUUGAUUGCUAAUUUUACAAUUACUAGCCUCCAGCAUUGGGAAUUUGCACCCAACAGUGUUCAUUAUUUGUUAACUCUGUGGCAGAGAAUGGUAGCAUCUGUACCUUUUGUGAAAUCAACUGAACCUCAUCUCUUAGAUACAUAUGCACCUGAAAUCACAAAGGCAUAUAUUACUUCUCGAUUGGAAUCUGUCGCCAUAGUCAUCAGAGAUGGUUUGGAAGAUCCACUGGAUGAUUCAGCUACUGUAUUUCAGCAGCUAGAACAAUUGUGUACUGUCAGCAGAUGUGAAUAUGAAAAGACAUGUGCUCUUCUUAUACAGUUAUUUGACCAAAAUGCACAGAAUUAUCAAAAACUGAUACAGUCAUCUGCCAGAAGAUCCGUAGAUAUAUCAGUUCAAGAAGGACGUCUUGCAUGGCUGGUAUACUUAGUUGGUACUGUUAUAGGAGGAAGACUCACUUACACUAGUACAGAUGAACAUGAUGCAAUGGAUGGAGAAUUAUCUUGCCGAGUUUUUCAGCUUAUAUCUUUGUUGGAUUCCCAAUUGCCUCAGUAUAGUAAUGAAAAAAUAGAACUUGCAAUUCUUUGGUUUUUGGAUCAGUUUCGUAAAACAUAUGUGGGUGACCAACUUCAACGAACCUCAAAGGUAUAUGCCCGAAUGUCCGAGGUCUUGGGAAUAACAGAUGACAACCAUGUUCUAGAAACAUUUAUGACAAAAAUUGUUACAAACCUUAAAUACUGGGGAAGAUGUGAACCUGUGAUAGUGAGAACUCUGCAGUUCCUAAAUGAUCUUUCUGUUGGUUAUAUUCUUUUAAAAAAACUGGUGAAAAUAGAGGCUGUGAAAUUCAUGCUUCAGAAUCAUACUAGUGAGCACUUUCCUUUUCUGGGUGUCAAUGAAGACUACAAUCUCAGUGACCUCAGAUGUCGAACAACAUUCUACACAGCUCUUACUCGCCUCCUCAUGGUUGAUCUAGGUGAAGAUGAGGAUGAAUUUGAGAAUUUCAUGCUCCCUCUCACAGUUUCAUUUGAAUCGGUAGCUCAAAUAUUCAACAAUGACUUUAAACAGGAAGAAACAAAGCGUAUGUUGAUCGGGCUGGCAAGAGAUCUUCGAGGGAUUGCCUUUGCACUGAACACAAAGACCAGCUACACCAUGCUGUUUGACUGGAUCUACUCAGCAUACCUUCCUAUUCUUCAGAAGGCUAUUGAGCGGUGGUACCAAGAACCUGAAUGUACAACUCCCAUUCUGAAACUAAUGGCAGAACUAAUGCAGAACAGGUCCCAGCGUUUGAAUUUUGAUGUAUCGUCUCCUAAUGGAAUUCUUCUUUUCAGAGAGGCUAGUAAAAUGAUUUGCACUUAUGGUAAUCAGAUCCUGUCUCUUGGGAGCCUCUCAAAAGAUCAGAUUUAUCCAAUGAAACUCAAGGGCAUUUCCAUCUGCUAUUCUGCUCUCAAGUCUGCCUUAUGUGGAAAUUAUGUCAGCUUUGGCGUCUUCAAGUUGUACGGGGACAACCAUUUUGACAACGUACUCCAGGCCUUUGUCAAAAUGCUGCUUUCAGUGUCCCAUAGUGACUUGCUACAAUAUCGGAAAUUGAGCCAGUCUUAUUACCCUCUCCUGGAAUGUCUCACCCAGGACCACAUGAGUUUUAUCACUAAUUUAGAGCCUCGGGUGCUCAUGUACUUUCUCACAUCUAUCUCUGAGGGACUAACUGCUCUUGACACAAUUGUCUCUUCUAGCUGUUGUACAAGUUUGGAUUACAUUAUGACCUACCUCUUCAAGCACAUAGCAAAAGAAGGCAGGAAACCACUUCGACAUCAAGAAGUUUCCCAGGAUGGUCAGAGGCUGCUCCAUUUCAUGCAGCAAAAUCCAGAUGUCCUACAACAGAUGAUGUCUGCUCUCUUGAACAUCAUCGUUUUUGAGGACUGUCGGAACCAGUGGUCAGUGUCAAGGCCUCUGCUGGGUCUUAUACUACUCAAUGAGGAGUAUUUCAGUGAAUUGAGGGAGAGCCUGAUAAACAGCCAACCCAUUGGCAAACAUGAAGUCCUGGCCCAGUGUUUCAGGAACCUGAUGGAGGGUGUGGAACAGAACCUGCUGAUAAAGAACAGAGACAGAUUCACUCAAAAUCUGUCAGUUUUCAGAAGAGAUAUGGUUGAAGCGCUACGUAGCGAUGGAAGCACAGAAUCAGGCGUUUUGGACAUGAUGAGCUGACCCAAUUUCAAUGAUUCCCACGAAGAAUAACGUUUUUGAAUAGACUCUGGAAGGUUUGGGCCUCAGUAUGCUGAUACUGGCCGGACCAAUGGAAAUUUUUUUUAAAACAAUAUCUGCAUUUUUAUAACUCUGGCCUAAUUGUAAGAAUUUAUAAGCAUGAGAACAAUGUAAAAUCACAGUCUUUGCUUUAAAAAAAAGAAACAUGUUUUCAACCUUUCUGUUUGUUCUUAUACUGCUGUAAAAUGGUGUAAAAACAAUAUUUAACCAAAGAACAAAAUAAAUCCAGCUUUGCUCCAAAAUAUGUAUUAGUUAAUGAUAAUGAAGUCAGAUAAUUCACAAAUAUUUUUGGAAGAAAAAUUAGGAAUUCAUCCUUCAACAUGGACUACAUUAAAACAGAGAGCAGAGAUUGAGACAAAUGCUAUUUGAACUUGUUAAAUUAAUAAAGUUCAUUAUUUUUCUAUGAAUAUAGAACAUUAAAUGUUAGAGACGCUGAGAUAAGGGCACUUAGAACAAGGCUGGGAGCUCUCUGAGGUGACCCAUGGGAUUGCUCACAGAGCUCUCCUACACAAUGGCAUCUGAUAAAGCAGAGAGACAGUAAUACAAUUAAAUGACUUACAAACAAUGUUUUCUUUUCACUAGCAUAAAUUUAAAGUGGUUCAGUCUAGAAGAAUUAAGCCAUGCAGUUGCUACAUGCAAGGACAUUUCUUCAGAAAGAAUGAGACAGCUAGCCUCUGAAGCACUGGGCACUGCCAAGCCUAAGCCCUUUUGCUCCCAUAUAGCUUUAAGUGAUCGUGAAAGGGUAUGUCUAAAAUAGAAAAUGCAGCAUAUCCAUCCUGGCAAGCUCAUGGACUUACCAUGGGCUUUGUUGGUGCCAAAGACAGUAUGUACUGGAGGUAAGGAGGUUGAUUGAAGUUCAAGAUUUAAAAGGAUAGAAACUUGUAGUAGAUGAAGAACAAUUUGUUUCUGUUACAUGAUCAUUCUGAUUACUUUUCCAAGAGAAAGGAAAUGGAGAUCAUUGGUUUAGCCAAAAUUCAGGAAGCUAAAGAAGGAUGUAUUUUCCAUUUGUUCUCUACAUGUGAUAUUAUAUUAAUUCAAGGAAGGCAGCUCCCACCUUGUUUUGUACCUUAUUGUCAUUAUGUUCAUGGUCCAGCUUAGUAAUAUAUUUAUCACUUUAAUAAAACAAACCCAAAAGAA